AUGGCGAAGAUGAAGCUGGUGGAGAAGGACAGCGGUCUGUUGCGGUUGGAAUGGUCUCUGAGGCGGAAAGGAAGGGGGAAGAAGGCGUGGCCUUGCUCUUCCGCCGUAUCGUUGGUCAGCUGCACGAGGCCGCCGGAGGUGAGUACGGCCUGCCCGCUUAGUGUCAAAUUGGCACCGGUAAAUCCAUAG